GGAGACGGAGGGCUGGAUGGAAAUAAGGGAAAUCAUGGACCAAAAGGAGAUGAGGGUUUGCGAGGCGCUCCAGGAAUCUGGGGUCCCCAGGGGGACAGGGGUCCAUAUGGGUUACCCGGUGUGCCUGGGUUCAGAGGUCAAGCAGGUCGGCAAGGCUUACAGGGUGAAAAUGGAGAACCUGGUCUCCAGGGAAACGCCGGCAAAGAAGGUCCAAAGGGGCUGAGAGGAGCUCCAGGCCGUGAUGGGAAGGCAGGAUCCAGAGGACCCAAGGGGGGCUCGGGACAGCAAGGUCACGUUGGUGUACCUGGGAUGCCUGGUUUGCGAGGCCGUCGUGGACCUGAAGGACCGGAAGGAAAGCCUGGGACUUCCAGGCUCCAUGGGACAUGAAGGAAUCUGGGGACCCAUAGGUUUUCAUGGACUUGCUGGAGAACCUGGGCUAGGUGGACCCCUAGGAACUCCAGGUCCUCCAGGGUGGCCAGGACAAGAUGGCAGCCCUGGGCCACCUGGAGGGGAGGGGUUCAUUGGACAACCAGGCAUGGAAGGUCCUCAGGGAUUUUUAGGCGUCUGUGGGGAACCUGGAGUGCGAGGCUUACCUGGUCCCACUGGGAAGAUCGGACCUACAGGUGCACCCGGACCGCCAGGGAUAACAGGUCCUCCAGGACCUCAGGGUAGGUUAGGAGAUCCAGGACCUAAAGGAAUGCAUGGGCUUCCUGGCUUACCUGGCUCCCCGGGCCCUGCUGGUGGUCCAGGUAAAGCAGGUCACCCGGGAAUCCGAGGCCUUCACGGAUCACAGGGUUUGGCUGGAUCGGCUGGGUCUCCAGGUAAACAUGGGGCUGACGGUCCAAUAGGAUCAGAGGGAGAAAAGGGAGCAAAGGGAAUUCUAGGAGCUCCCGGUGACAGUGGACCCAAUGGUCUGGAUGGACAGCAGGGUCUUCCCGGUGCAGGGGGCGCUGGGGGCUCACUGGGGGACAAAGGGGAGCAGGGUAGCCAAGGCCCCACAGGGAUGCCUGGCUCCCCGGGACCCCUAGGAGAUCCAGGACCACAGGGUGCUGAAGGGCUUCAGGGUGAGCCAGGGCUGAAAGGCAAAGAGGGUAAUAUUGGGACUCCUGGCGAAACUGGAGAGAGGGGUUUUAAAGGGCCAAAGGGGGGUAAGGGCUUCCACGGAUUACCAGGGCUGGGGGGUCCCUCUGGAACACUUUGUAGAAGAGGGGAACGAGGUGUUAAGGGACCGAAAGGCUACACAGGACUGCCGGGUCAGCUUGGGCUGAUGGGUGAAGCUGGACCCUUUGGUUUACCAGGAAUGGAGGGAGGGGCAGGUUCUCAGGGAUCGCCGGGUAGGGCUGGACCUCGAGGGCAAAAGGGUGAGGCAGGACACGGAGGUGAGACUGGCCAGUCUGGGAUUCCUGGCACUACGGGAAUGGUUGGAAAACCUGGGAUCAAAGGUGUCACAGGACUACCAGGAUCUCAGGGAACAACGGGAAGUAAGGGGCCCCAGGGAAUUAUGGGUCUGAAGGGCUACCAGGGGCCAGAAGGUCCUAAUGGCGAUCCGGGGUGUGAAGGGCAGCCUGGAGAACCGGGAUUAGAAGGUCUGCCAGGGAUUAUGGGGCCCAAAGCUCUCGUGGGAUUAAAGGGUUCCCCAGGACUGCAGGGGAACCGAGGCCUUGCAGGAACACCAGGGUCCCAGGGACCCAAUGGGAACCCUGGAGCAGAGGGAGAGCAGGGACCAAAGGGAGAAAAGGGAGAAGGUGGACCAAAUGGAUACCCAGGAACGACAGGGAAUAUCGGAAAGACAGGGGCAAAAGGAAGGUCAGGAAUGACUGGAUCAAGAGGAUCUACAGGACAGAAGGGAGAAGGAGGGCAACCAGGACCAGAGGGGCCUCCAGGGAGGCAAGGUCCUCCCGGCAUGCCAGGGUCACGAGGACAGAAGGGACAGGCAAGUGACAAAGGCCCAGAGGGGCACCAAGGGCCAAAUGGACCCCCCGGACGGCCUGGGACUGCAGGAGUGAAGGGGAGACCAGGUAAUCUGGGGAAGGCAGGUGAAGAUGGAUUAAAGGGUGAACAGGGUGAUAUUGGUACCACCGGCCCAAGGGGAGCACUUGGCUUGCCUGGACUUCCAGGAUUAUUUGGCCAAAAGGGACUAAAGGGACUUACUGGUCGCCUGGGACCAGCUGGGGCGAGAGGACCUCCUGGUCCACCUGGAGCUGCUGGGCCGCCAGGAAGCUCUCUGAGUCUGACUCUCACACACCUGGAGGCAAAGACUCAUACUAUAAUGUCACACAUUUUUGUGUGUUUUCAGAAUUUUAUACAGAUGAUUUUUUCAUAAAAUCUAUUAU